AACCACAACCACCCACCACAACCACCACCACCAACACCCCCGGGCUGCCAGCUUACUCCUGCUGUCGCCCUCUGGUCACCCCACCAUCUGCUGUCGACCCCGUGACCCGAGUGGCUAUACAAUCAUCAUGGCGGACUUGCUCUCUUCGGACCAGGUCAAUUACAUGAUCUGGAGGUAUCUCCAAGAAUCAGGGUUCCGCGAUUCGGCGUUUGCUUUUCAACGCGAUUCGAAGGUCGAGAGGCUCGAUCCAACCUAUAGGACACACGUCAAAGUUGGCUUGUUGAUUUACCUCAUCCAGCGCGGAUUACAAUAUGAGGAAGUGGCGGCGCAGGUGGAUCGCCCAAACCAUUUCAUUUCCUUCCCUCGACUGCAGCACUAGUUCUCGACGAAGAUGAGGGCGUCGGCUCGGACGGACACCAUUUGGACGACGACCUGGAUGCGGAUGGGUCGGCGGAGGAUGUGGGCGAGGA